AUGGCUUUGAGCCUAAGUUGGAUGCUAUUAGCACCAUUUACCACGAACUGCUGCAGUCUCCUUAUGAAGGCUGUAAGAAGCAGAGGGCUUCCCUUGCUUCCCUGGAAUCAUCACCCCAGGAGAGGAGUUAGAAGCGUUUUGGAGCUCGAGAUGAAAGCUUUCUUGGAGGAGAACACUGAAAUCAUCAGUAGUGGUAGCCUCACCCCUGAAAUUCAUUUGCGGCUCUUGACUCCGAGAUGCAAGUUCUGGUGGGAAAGAGCUGACCUGUGGCCCUACAGUGAUCCUUACUGGGCUAUCUACUGGCCAGGAGGCCAAGCCCUGUCUAGGUAUCUUCUGGAUAAUCCUGACAUUGUCAGAGGAAAAUCUGUGUUAGAUCUUGGGAGUGGAUGUGGGGCUACAGCUAUUGCUGCUAAAAUGAGUGGGGCAUCAAGGAUCUUGGCCAACGACAUAGACCCUAUUGCAGGAAUGGCCAUUAUGCUAAACUGUGAAUUAAACCAGCUGAAUCCUUUUCCCAUUUUGACCAAAAACAUUUUGGACUUGGAACAAGAUAAGUGGGAUCUUGUUGUUCUUGGAGAUAUGUUUUAUGAUGAAGACCUUGCAGACUGCCUUCAUCGAUGGCUGAAGAAAUGUUUUUGGACCCACGGAACUCAAAUACUGAUUGGUGACCCUGGGCGACCCCAGUUCAGUGGACACAGCAUUCAAAAUCAGCUGCACAAAGUGAUAGAAUAUUCACUUCCAGAGCCCACCCGGCAGGAAAACAAUGGCUUGACCACAAGCACAGUGUGGGACUUUCAGCCUUGA